AUGGGUGGCUUCCCCAAUUCCAAUCAACCGCAGCAUCUCGCACGCUGUGAGGUCCAUUCAUGCUCGGACUCGGCGACGUCUGGAGAUGAAUUUUACGACGGCAAGCACGCCCAGUCACCCUACAAACGUGCAUCCAUCGAUUCGCGUACCGGUCGCCGACGCGCCAAACCCCACAUCAAGCUCCAAAAAGCGAAGAAAAUAGACCCAAAUAGAGGGCGGUGUGCAAUCACUCGUCGGAGGACUGGCGUGGAGACUCUCCAUUUCCUUCCAAUGGACACAGGUGAUAAAAUGCUUACGCAGCUUGAGUGGGCAUGGGGAAUGGGAUGGCGUCGUCUGGACGUUGCGAGUCCUCAUAAUACCUUCUUUGUCAGCGCAGAGUGGAAGAAACGUUUUGAUGACGAACAGUGGCUCCUGCUUCCAGACUAUGAUACAAUCCAGACAUUGGCGGCAUUGGCUAAAAGGCGGACUGCCGCGGGCCGUGUCAAACUGAACAAGUGGCUGCGAUGUCAAAACGUCUUUAAUUACUAUUUCGUCCCCCGAUCAUCUCUCAUUCACGAAAUCAUCACCACUGAGUCGUCGCACGGCACUCGCACCGCUCACACAUAUCCGUUCGCAACGUUGGGUCCCAUUUCGAGUCAUGUGCGACCACAUUUUGUGAUGUACGACGCCUCCCACAAGGCGGAAAAAACUUGUGGGUGGGACUCGAUAGAUGUGAAGCGUGCGUUAGAUGCGUUUUACACACUGUACGGUCCGCCAACAGACCGGACGCCAUUCAUCCUCGCCAUUAGGGCGGUGGAUAGCCUCCUCGACACGGAGUGGAGAUGGACGAAACGCCAAAUGCCUCGUACCUUUCGGCGUCUCGAUCGUUCAUCUCGACGGCUUCAACCUUUGUAUUUCGGAUUCAUCGAUUUUGCCUCAGUCUCGGACAGCCCCCUUCUCGAAUGUAACCCUUACCCACAUGUCAACUCCACGUUGUCAAUCAGUGAUCUGCGUCUUUGGUCCAUUCAGGCCCAGCAUGAUGCUAAAUGCAGUGGCUGGGAACCGACGGUUGUUAACGAUGACCAGGUUUUGGAUUAUCGCGCGGAAGCAGGAACGGGUUUCUCCCCACCGCCCCCGGACGCUUGGCGCUUCUGGCGUCCGACUUGGUAUCGUCAGAAAGGUGUUUGUAGACCCGUCAGCUCGUUCACGAGCAACGAUUGGGCUGCUGCUGAACACCACAUCUACUUACCUACUACCGCAUCGAAAGUUUUCUUCUAA